GAGAGCGAAAGUACCUGAACUAACUUAGGUGUAGAAUUGUAACACUUGGCGACCAAAGCCCCCAAAGCCCUCCCCUGGUAAGCUUAUCCCUCCAAAUACUGUAGUAAUGUGAAACGGAUGGGGGAAUACGCUCCAUAUGGUCGUUGCUUCUCUGCAAUCCGAGAUAAAAUUGUGCCAAGAAAUGCCAAGCCGGGGAGGAAGGGCACUAGGCUGUAUACGCUCAACUGUGCAGUAACCAUAGUCCCCCGUCCUUUCAGCCAAACCCAGCUCUUCCUGUCUUCAAGCUUAUGCAACAUUUGCACAUGCAUGGCAUAUAUGUUGCUGACGACCAUUGUUUUUCUGUCCAAUAUAUCUUCACCGUCGUCUUCAGAACCAAGUAGUGGAGGCAUCACUUCCUCGAAAGCUCAUCCAAUACAAUUGUUGAAGAUAGGGGAUACUAUUUGGUGCUUUUUCCAAUGCCAAUGCAAGGCGGAAGGACAGCAUGCAAAGUAAGGGUGGCGCGGGUGCAACAAUGCCAAGAAACCAAAUUUCCUC